AAAUAACUCAGAUAGUAGGAUUUGCCACUAGCAGAGAUUCGUUUGAAUUUCCUAAUGAACCCGAUUCAGCACCUAUGUCUUCAAAAGUUUCAUGGUCCACUUAUUUUGAAGACAUGAAUGAUGAUCAAUGGCGGCUUCAAGCUUACAGAUGCAAAGCAUACAUUUCAAGUACAUUUUUUUGUUUUGUUAUGACAUUGACUUGGAUAAUGUCUACCUCUUCAUUAAUUAUCUAUUUUCAUACAAUUAAAGAAGAGGCAGCUAAUAAUAAUAAAGAAUUUGAGGAUAAUGAAAAUGUUUAA